AUGCUUCAUACUGUCUACGACAUCAAUCCGGCUCGUCUGAACUCCAUCAUGCCCGCCCUCCAGUGGAUGGAGGACGAUCCGGCCUUCCUUGAACAUCGAGAGCGUCGCUUCGAACGAGAUGACCCUCCCCCGCCUUAUUCGUCACGCAGUACCACGAGAGAACCAACGCCUGGCCCAUUCCCCCAAACCCAGGGCGACAUCGAUUUCGCCGAACUUCUUCGCCAGCCGUUGAGCGACCAUGAGAUCGACUUGAUCCGAUACACAUUUCGGCAUAGCGGAUAUGGCCCAGGCGAUCGAUAUAACGACGAAGAGGGUCAAGAGAAGGAGCGGAUCGAUCGAGCAUGGGGUAGACGGGAUGCAAAUUACGUUCCGCUCUAUCGUGGACCUGAUCUGAUCGGGCGUCCGGGACAACAGAGGGAAUACAUCAUGAUCCGACACAGCAUCAAAAAGCGAUGGCAACAACUGGGAGUCUGGAACCCCGCAUGGGGAGUUCCAACCGGCGAAUUUGGAGGGUUUGGGAAUGAUGAUGGGCCUAAGUCCUGGCCGUGGUGGGAUUCACGAGAUAAGGAAACACCUGAAAGCCGUGCGAUUCGACGAUAUCUUCUGAAGCAAGCCCACGGGAACGAGACUCUCACGCCGCACCCCCCAGAGGCCGACGGUAUAGCUGAGGUCCCGGUAGACGAUGAUGAGUCACCGAUUACGAGCCGGCCUUGGUUCACGUGGGCUCUGGAGGUUGCAGAGGAAGAGGUGAGACUGCGGCGCAACCCAGACAGAACGGAGACCUAUAUAUCAGCACGGGCUAAUGUGACAGCUCGGUGGAAAGAGAAGGGAUGGUGGAAAGACAGCUGGAGUAACAAUCUGCCCCGAGACUCUGAAUGGAGAGACUUGCCGGGAUGGAAAUGGAAAUAUGAAUCCCCGUCACCAGAACCUCCGGAUCCAAAUGACAUGGACUUUACCCCGUCCGAGAUUGACGCGAUGGAAGCGAUACGCCUUCCUACACCGUCACCACCACCGAAGC